UGGCUGAUCAGCAGCAGUCUUUGAUGCCGCAUAUAUCCGAGUCCCCAUUGACCUCCAUUGGUUGCUCGAUGCCUACCUAGUUAUCUGGCCCCCUAAACUGCUGCCGCUCGCCGGUGGCGCCAGGGAUAAUACGCCAUCGAAGAGCGCCAGUUACAUCGUACCGUUGUGUUCGGUGACCAGGAACACCACAAGGCGUGGUUCUCUUUAUCAGUCAUUAUUCAGUGGGACCCUCCCAUAGAGACAAAACCCAAAGGAAAAGAAAUUUCGUAUAAAAGUGGUCGUCGCUAGCAGCAAAUCCGGAUCCAUCUGGAAACAAUCUUAUAUUCUUCAUUGUGUGUAUGCGGGGAUUCGAUGGUUAUUGAGCUGGAUCUUAACCUAUUGAUGCGAUCAUGUCCUUAAACGAAACUGCUCUCCCUCCGUCGUCAGCAUCUGAUACCGAAAAGCGCCCAGAGCAAGACUCCAACGAGAGUCCUCCACGCACAGGCACGAUCAUCAAGCCACAACAUCGACGUCUCCAUGAUCCAGAAGUAACCUUCGAGGAGUACCGCUAUUAUGCAUUGAAAACACGCGAAGAGGAAAAGGAUUCCCCGCCCGCGGGUCCAACGAUAAGCAUAUGGAAAGCGCUGUUCAAGGGCGCUGGUCAGCCCGAAGAAGAUGAGCCGGAAGUUUCAGCUCCCCAAAGUGAACAGCAGUCAAAGGUUCUCAACGUCAACUUGGCCAAUAGAGCCAACCGGCUAGAAAUCACGGACGAAGAAUGGACCAACGCCUCACGCAUGAUGAGGACAGCUAGCUGGGGAGCUUGCUGGUAUCUAAUCACGACUGAUAUUUUGGGACCGUAUGGCGUUGGCUUCGCACUCGGCACCUUGGGCUGGGGCCCCGGUGUAGCACUUUAUACCGUUUUUGGUAUCAUGGCUGGUUAUUCCGGAUGGCUGCUAUGGAAAAUGUUCCUUGGGUUGGAUUCGUACGAGUUUCCUCUCAAAAACUACGGGGAUCUAGCAUUUCGCAUAUACGGUCCUUAUGCUCGCCAUUUCGUGAAUAUCCUGCAGGGACUCCUUCUAUUACUGGUUCUGGGACAAGUCAUCAUCCAGAACGGCCAAGGCAUCUCCCAGGUGUCCAGAUUCCGUCUGUGUUACUCUGUCUGCUGCGUGGUAUUUGUGGCUGUAGGAUAUCUCAUUGGUCAAGUGCGCACCCUUCGCAAUUACGGUUGGCUAGCAAAUACGGCAGUAUGGCUCAAUCUCAUGGUUAUUUUCAUCACCAUGGGAGUUAUGGCUCAUAGCCCGCCGAAUUAUGCUAUCUCUGUACUUGGCUCUGCUGGGUCUGCAGUCGACACCUCAACCAUUACACCCGACCCCAAAACUGGAAUAUAUCCCCCGGUCAGGCACUACGGUGGUCUCCCUGACUCGAAAAGUCUCGUCGGGUCGCUCAAUGGGCUUCUGCAGGGAGUCUUCGCCUACGGUGGCGCCCAACUGUUCGUCGAAUUUAUGGCCGAGAUGAGACGCCCAUUUGAUUUCUUCAAGGCCAUGUGGGGGGCUCAAUUCUUCAUAUACAGCGUUUACCUUAUCUACGGUUGCUACGUGUAUCAUUUCCAGGGGCAAUAUGCCUAUCAGGUCUCUUAUCAAGGGGUCUCUCGCUACGGAUGGCAGGUUGUGGGAGACAUGCUCGCCUGUGUAAGUGGCCUUAUCUCUGCAGGAUUGUAUGGAAACAUUGGGAUCAAGGUCUUUUACAACAACGUUCUUAUGGAUCUCUUCCGCGCACCGCCUCUGACGCACAAAGGAGGUAAGAUCCUCUGGGCCAUCAUUGUGCCCAUAUGGUGGUCCAUUGCUUAUGUUGUCGCUGCCGCAAUUCCCGACUACUUCGGGUUCGUCUCUGUGAUCUCUGCGGCGACCGUUGUCCAAUUCACAUACUCUUUCCCGCCCAUUCUAGCCCUGGGCUAUAACAUGAAACUCUAUGCUCUGAAGACCAGUCAAGGGGACGGUUUUGACCCAACCACCGGUACUGUCGUUCGUCAAGAUACCGGUUUAAAGCGUUUGUGGAGAGGCCUGGUAAAUGGACCAUGGAUUUGGAAUGUUCUCCAUGUGUUGUAUGGGGGCGGUGCGCUGGCGACGGCCGGAUUGGGAAUGUAUGCUGCCGUUGAGGGUAUGAUUGAAGCGUUUCAGAAUCCGCAAGUGAAUGCCUUUACGUGUGUCUCGCCCCUUGAUUUAUCGCAGGUGUCCUGAUGAGGAAAUGAAAACUUGCUUGUGACAGUCUAUGACCAGUUCAAUCUUCGGAGAGGUUAAGGGAUACUCCAGCGCUUUUCAUCUCAUGUUCUGAUGUGACUUAAGAAUUUUGCCCCUGUAGAUAUAUAGUUCUUUUGAUCUUUUGGUAUAUUUGUAGAAUAAAUACACUGCGUGUAUUGUACAUGAGGAUGGCAGUCGAUAUGUACGAAAGUUAUAACGAUUGCCU